AUGGAACUUCAUUCGGUGCGGCUGCUGCAUUAUAUUCAAUUCAUCUAUCGGUGCAUUUUUCUGGGCAUCUCGAUAGACACUUUAACUCCUAAAGACUGCCGCGAAUGUGUGAAUACUUGUCUGUAUGAGGGUCACGUAAAGCAAUUUUCGAUUCGUUUCUUGCAUAAUAUUCAAGCCGAACGACUUUAUUCUCGCUUGUGUUCCUGGCGAAUGAGUACUUUGCGUCUACCAAACCAUACUCCAAAUUGA